UAUAUACAAUCGCGAUCAGGUCGAGAAUACCCGAUGUGAAACUAUCUGACAGAUCAAACGACGAAAGACACGCACUAUGUGUACGUUAUAAAGUGUUACAUUAAGCAGACUAUAGUUCACAGUAUUCCACACCUGGCAUGUUUGGCGUCACUUUUGGAUUUUGCCAUUUGACAGGAGCUGCUAGUGACAUAAAGCACGACACAUCAUGAUUCGGGGAAGUGCUGUCUGGCUUCUUCUGUUCAUGGCAACGACCCGAGCAGGGCGAUGGUCUGGCGUCACCACAGAUAACCAGCAAUGGUACAACGCCAUGAAUAACGACAUUGACCUGAUAUACCGCCGGAACUUAAUCGUGGCCAUCCGGGGAUGCGAGGGUGCGGAUAUGAUGUUCUACCAGUUUGUAGGGGCUGGAGAAUUCGUGUAUGUGCGUAUGGGCGAUGCUGGCAACUCGUACUCCCUCAUGAUGGCCAGCACUCACUGUACAGAUGAUGGAUGUAGUGUGGCUGCAUACGAAACCGACGCCCAUCUGGACUGUGAUAACUUUAAGACAUUCUGGUUCCGCUGGGACAACUGGGGGAGAUUCGAGGUGGGUAAGGAGUCAACGGUCGGAGAAAAUCUGAUGAUGGAAAUGGACUACAACGUCAAUGGGAAUGAUGGCGCGUUCAUGCUUAGGGCUCUGGAGACUGCAGCAACUUCUGAUGACAAAAACGUAGAAUUUUACUAUUAUAUAGACGAGCCUCCUGUCAUGUUGUCACCUUCCAUGGGUGGGGGAAAUAUCAUUACCCUCUCAGAGGACACAGCCAUUGGAACGGCCAUACUAACAACAGCCGGAGAAGACGAGGAAGGGGACGCCAUCAUUUUCGGCACGUCAGGCAAUCACUCCGAUAUUUUGGGAUGGUUCAACGAUACUUAUUCUACCAACGCAACUUUCGACUAUGAAUCUCAGAAGGUCUACUACGUAACUCUAGCAGCUACUGACGGCUUCAACGUUAUCAACAACGGUUUGACUUUGUUCAUCACUGACGUGGACGACGAGAACCCUGUCAUCUCAGCUGGUGACACCGCCGUACAGGAGGAGCUGCCAAUAGGGACGAAGGUUUAUGCGAUGUUUGCUGUCUCCGAUGUGGACACAUUCCAGACGUUCACGUACGAUAUAACAGGUGCCGACAGUGCAUUUUUCACAGUCGAUGCUGAUGGUGUGCUGAAGGUGGCACAGAGACUAGACAGAGAGGUGAAGGACACUGUGUCGGUGACUGUCACGGUAUCUGACUCUGCCUCCCACGACGCCUCGACCGACCUCACACUCACCGUCACGGAUAUCAACGACAAUGUUCCAAUAUGUGACCAGAAUAUAUAUUUCAUCACCAUAGCAGAGGGCACUUUCGAUGAAAACAUUAAACUGAUGGAAGCAAUCAACUGCAAUGACAAAGACGAUGGCAGUUUCAGCAACAUGGUCGCAACAAUCGUCUCCGGGGACACCGAUAACAUAUUCUACUUCACGGGCUUCGAAAUGUUUGGAUCACCAAAACAGGUGGACUAUGAGUCUCUAGUGGGCAGCAACUACAGCUACUACCUGACUGUACACGUCACUGACCAACCCAGCUCAGGGCCGGUCAUGACAGGAACGGUCAAUGUCGUUGUUCAGGUCUCGUCUGCCAAUGAGCAAGACCCGGUGUGGAGCUCGCCCCCUGAAACAGCAGGGGCGUUUCCUGAAGAAACUAUCGCUGAAGACACCCAACAUGGCGCCGUCAUUGUGACGUACACAGCUGCUGACGGUGACCAUGGUGUAGACGGCACGCUGUCUUAUGAGAUAGUGUCAGUCACAGCCAGUGAUGGCAGUGAUGGAAGCGGCAAGUUCCUGGUGGAUAGUAUGAACGGGGAACUUAGAGCGUCGGACAUUCUGGACACUGACACGGACACAGGGGGAGUCUCCCACUACGACAUCGUGGUUAAGGCCGUGGACGGAGGCGUCACGCCAAAGAGUGUACAGGCCACACAGAGAAUAACUCUAAGCAACGUGAACGACAAUGCUCCUGCAUUUGAAAACGCUCCACUUGAGGUGACAGUAGCUGAAGACGCUUCCGUUGGUGACGUUGUUAUGCAGCUGACUGUUACAGACAGUGACGGCGACACACCAACAUUGUCUACAACAGAAAGCACGAUGUUUACGACAAGUGGAUCGGAUCUUGUGACAGCGGCAACUUUGGACUUCGAGACAGGGACCUGUUACAGUGUAGUUGUCAGUGCUACCGACGGCACUUUUACGACGUCCUUGUCCCUAACAGUGAUGGUGACCAACGUCAACGACGAAGCACCAGUUAUAGUUGUAAACACGAACUUUAAAAUGUUUGAAGAGACGCCCGUUGACACUGUCCUCGCCGGAUCCUUUGUCGUCAACGACGCGGACAAGGGAGACACAUUCACCUAUAGUCUAGCAGGAGCUGAUGCGUCAUAUUUCACGACAACAGCAUCUGGAGACUUGAAAAUAGUAAAUCGAAUCAGCUUCAGUCUUCGAGACGUUGUCUUUGAUGUGACCGUGACGGACGCCGCCGGACACAGUGCGACGGAGACGUUGAGCAUCCCUGUGGAGGACAUCAACGACAACUCUCCUCGAUGUGAACACAAUGUGUAUGAGGUGGAGGUGAAGGAAUUAGCGGGAGGUUAUGUCAAACUGAAGGACGCGAUCACAUGCACCGACAGUGAUGGGGGAAACAACGCAGUUCUGCAGAUCAAUAUCACCAGCGGUGAUGACAGUGGAGUGUUUGCAUUCAACGGCUUCGAGCUGUGGGGAACACCAGACAACAUCGACUAUGAAGCUCUUGCCGCCACUAACUAUCGGUACUACCUGACCGUGGUGGUGCAGGACACACCGGACCACGGAGAGCCAAGAACAGACAAUCUCGCAUUUAUUGUAACGGUAACGGGAGAAAAUGAAUUUACUCCCGUGUUUACCAGCCCAUCGUCGUCAGGGGGUAACUUCGUGGACGUCACUAUUGCCGAGGAUACGAGCCCAGGCUCCAUAUUGGUCAGUCUGGUUGCCACGGACCAGGAUCGCGGCGCAGAUGGCAAGGUUCAGUAUGAGAUGGUCUCUAUCACGACAGACUCAGGCGGCGACGGCAGUGGUGUGUUCUUUGUUGACAGUAUUAGCGGUAACGUGUACGUGGGGAAGCCUCUUGAUUCAGACACUGGCACGGGAGGCGUAGCUUUCUACGAAAUGGUUGUCAAAGCGGUGGACGGGGGUUCAACACCACUUGAAAUCGAAGGAACAAUGAAAGUUACCUUAACAAACGCAAAUGACAACGCCCCUGUGAUGACCGUGGUCCAUGACGUGAUGAUGUCCGAAUCAGCGGCCGUUGGCGAUCUUGUGGUGGAGGUAACAAUCACAGACGCUGACGGUGAUACUCCAACGUUAACGCUAGGAGGAGACCACGCCGCCUCUUUCUCCGUAACCGGUAACGAGAUCCUGUUGCAGAGUGCACUAGACUAUGAUGACAGAUCCAAAGCUUGCCUGUCACUGCAAGUAACUGCUUCUGACGGCUUGCAUGCGGUAACCGAGGCGUUGACUGUCACAGUCGAACCCGCCAACGACGUCAACCCAAGCAUUUCUGUCAGCGCCGAUCGCAGAAUGUAUGAAGGGCUGCCGAUCGGGACGAUUGUAGCGGGCAUUUUUCAAGUCAGUGACAUUGACGAAGGGGACACCUUAACAUUUAGUUUAAGCGGUCCGCAUGCCUCUUUCUUUGACAUUUCUGGUUCAGGAGAGUUGACCAUCAGCUCCACAGUUGAUCGAGAGACAGAUGGAGACACCCUGACCAUCAUAGUGAACGCCACUGACGCCGCAUCUAACGUCGCGUCUGAGACCAUUAACAUCACUGUAGUCGACAUCAACGACAACGCCCCGAAAUGUGAACAGUUAUUGUACACUGCAAAUGUUGAGGAAGGAGGCACGAACAGUGAUCAAAAGAUCAUGUCUGCCCUAACUUGUAGCGAUGCUGACGCUGGUGAUAAUGCGGCCUUCGUGGCGACGGUGACCGGAGGGGACUCGAGUGGCUUGUUUCAGUACAAAGACAUGGAGUUGUGGGGCGAUGCGAGUCAAAUAAACUAUGAAGAUCUCGAGGCCACAGACUACACCUACUAUCUGACAGUUGGCGUGUCCGACACGCCUUCAAAGUGGCCAUCCCUCACUGGUGUCGUCAUGGUGGCCGUACAGGUUUCGGAAAAGAACGAGUUUACCCCGGCCUUUACUUCUCCGGUACCAACAUCUGGUAACUUCCCCGAUGAGAUGCUUAAUGAAGAUACGGUCCCGGGUACAGCUAUCGUCACCUACGUAGCAACAGACGACGACCACGGAGACGACGGAAGAGUGCACUAUGAGAUCGUCUCAAUUACAACAGACACAGGCAACAGCGCACCAAACACAUUUGUAAUUGACCGAGACAGUGGGAGUCUACGUGUGGGCAAGGCUCUGGAUGCAGAUACAGGUACAGGAGGCGUCGUUUCCUACGAUGUGGUCAUCAAGGCUGCUGAUGGUGGCUCUACCCAGAAGGAAACUCAGGCUACUCAGAAAUUGACGCUUGUUGGUGUCAACGACAACGCCCCUGUGUUCACUGACGCCAACUUCAAGUUCUCAGUGGCGGAAGACGUUGCUGUAGGCCAUGUUGUAGCAACGUUAGGUGUAGACGACUACGACGGUGAUCCAGUUACAUUAACCGUUACCGGGUCACACACAGCAGUUUUCGAAGGUGAUGCGACCGAGCCGAAGAUACUGACACUGGCGGCUCUUGACUACGAGACAACGAGGUGCUACUCCGUGGAAGUCGAUGCUUCAGACGGGACAUCAUCCUCAACAAAAACUUUGACGAUCGCAGUGACAGAUAUUGCUGACACCGCCCCAACACUUACGGGCUACGACUUCGUCACCAUUCCAGAGGAACUUGACUUCGGGACGGUGAUAGGUCGCCUGUUUGAGUUAAGCGACGUGGACACACAAGACAGUGCUACAUACGCCCUCAGUGGCACUGACAGCAGCAGCUUGGCUAUCAAUGAAACAUCUGGCCGUGUGUUCGUCGCAAACGCUAUAGAUGCUGACAACGGAGUUACGUCCCUCGGUGUCACCGUCACUGUCACCGACUCAGCUGCUCUGACAGGCACUGUCGAUGUUGAUGUCGCUGUUAUUGAUGUAAACGAAUUUGUACCAGUGUUUGGGGAGCAGAUUUACAAGGCAACUGUAGAGGAAAACAGUGCAUCAGCCAAACUCGUGGACGUUGUGUGCACAGAUGACGAUUCAGGUGUCAACGGUGACGUUGAACUAGUCAUACCCACUACUGACGGCGCUGACACGAUAUUUUCCGUAUCAUCGAUGGAGGUGCACGUGGACGGUAGCCAGUUGGACUACGAGGCACUGGAAGGGACAGGAUAUGUAUACUCUCUGACUCUGUUGUGUCGAGACAAACCAACACACGGCAAGCCUCUUACUGGCUCCGUAUUGGUCUCCGUACAGGUGUCUGGUACUGACGAGACCCCUCCGGUGUGGUCUUCCCCGACGGUUGACGGCAGUAAUAACUUUCCGGGGGUGACGCUAUCAGAAAGUGUGAACCCUGGGGCGAUGGUGGAGGAGUUCACUGCUACUGAUGUGGACAAAGGGACACAGGGGAGCAUUAGCUACAGCAUUGUCUCCGUCAUCUCAGAUUCAAGCGCUGAUGGCCGCGGCAUUUUUGGAAUAGACGUUACUACCGGAACACUCCAGACGAAUAUAAAACUUGACGCCGACAUAGCGACUGGCGGUGAUAGUUACUAUGACAUUGUGGUGCAGGCUAGCGAUGGCAUCAACAACAUCACAGGAACUAUCAAAGUGACACUCAUGGAUUUCAGCGACAAUGCGCCACAAUUUACCAAGGAAUUCUAUACAACUACCGUCCCAUGUACGACAUUGGUGGACUCUACGGUGCUCACUCUGGCAGCAGACGACAUAGAUUCUGUUGGGUUUGCUGAAUUUCGCUUCAAGGACUACUCAGGGAGCAUCUUCACAAUGGAGGCAAACACCGGCAACGUUGUCCUCAGCACACCCACAUUCCAUAUAGGGGAGGACAUCUAUCACACACUCGCGGUGACCGUUACAGACUCGGUGAAUUCUGACCUGAUGGAUGAAUCCACUGUGUACAUAGAGUUGGAAUACUGUGGGCCAUCUAAUGCUACUACUUCUAGCUCCACUGAAAACCCAGGCUGUGAGCAGGUGACUGAUGAUUCCGCCGUUGUUCCAAUGAGGAUAGUCACAGCAGUGCUGGCAGCCGGGCUCAUAGGUGUGCUGGGAUUCAGCCUGAGGAGCAUAUUAUCAGUGUUGAGACCGGAUGUCCCAAAAGUGUCGCCGACAUUUAUGAAGAAUAAAGCUGGUUUUGAGAGACCACUCGAACCCGAGCCGUCUAUCUACGUUGAGGAUAUGACUGUGCAGCCCUCCGUGGACACAGGCAACUACCUCCCAGACAACAUGAUGGCAGAAGAAUACUCUAAGCAACAUUUAAUGUCGACCUGAGCAUAUAGCCUGAUGUUUCAUAUACCCAUAAGAAUAUGUAUAUGUAUAAGUAUAAUGAAAUGUCGUGAUUUGCCUGCGUUCAAAAUGUCUGAAUAGUUAAGGGUUAUGUGUGUGUUGUGAACCUCUCUGUGAGGUAUGUUGUCAACAGUCACAUUGUGUAUUUAUUGUCAACCAUCUAUGGUAUUGUCACUUGCCAGGAUCUGAACUGAAAGUUGAGAUGAGCGGAAAGCACCAUGGCCAUAUUAUAUCAAACUUUUACACGUGCAUUCUAUGAACUCAGGCACUAUAAAUAUGGAACAAAGUGAAAGCGGAUACGAACCGGCCGCCGACAUGUUUUGAUAUUCUAUAACAUGCUAAAAGUAUGAAUUAAUACAACUUGGUCUGAACCUCACGUUACGUUUUAGUGCUUCCAAGUAUGUGUGUUCUUGUCUUCUAUUGUGGACAUUACUUAUAUUGUGUAUGUUGUUACUGUGUUUACUUUUCAACGAUCCUUAUUCUUAAAGGUGACGUCUCACUCUCUUCUGUUAUAUGCACUGUAACUAACCCUCAGUGAUUUGCAUAUAGGUGACUUUCUAUAAAUAGCCACUAAGCUUUUCCUGAACAUGAGUGUUUAUUUCCUGUG